AUGGAGGACCCAGGGUCACAAAAACCUGAAAGACGGCCACGAAAGAAGGCAGAAAAUCCUUCUGUUCAGCGAGGGGUUAGACUCUUCAUUGAGAAUCAUCUUGAGCCCUCAUUUUCGGUGGACAACGACGUCGACCUGGACAGCUUACUGUCUUCUGUCAGUAAAAGAUUUACUAUAUAUGGGCCUCUUCUUCUUCUGCCUCCAAAUUUUUUCAAUAAGAGCCCUCAAUGGGAGUCGUUUAUCUCACUUUUAAGCAGAACCCAACUACAAAAAUUAUACGCAUGCAUAGCAGAGGUUUUUACACCGAUGGGUGUAACUCAUGUAGCAGUCAAUGCUCCAAUUUCGCUCACUACGCAUAUUGGAAAUGAGAACAAAGUUCGAGGCCCGACUGAUCUCACCCCUUUAUAUGGAGAUUUUGGUCCAAUACCCGCUGCAGACCAAAAAAUACAUCCCUCAGAGUUAGAUCUUCAACAAGCAUUCUGGGUGAAGACUGUACAAAACUCCAGGAUAACUCAAGUUUGGGCUCCAUUAUAUACAAUGUUCAGCCGGGGAAAUGUCGUGGAGAAGGCUCGAAUACUGGGACUAGAAUCUAGAUUUGAUGGCUUGAACGAACAACAGCUUUGUCAGCCUGUACAAAAAAUAUCGGUGAUAGACUUGUAUGCUGGAAUUGGCUAUUUUGCAUUUUCGUAUUUGAAAAUGGGUGUGGCUAGGGUGUGGGCUUGGGAACUCAACGGUUGGUCUAUCGAAGGCCUGCGGAGAGGGUGUGAAGCAAAUAAAUGGGAAAUAAGGAUAUUGAGAGUGGACAGUUUAGGAAGUGUCCAUGGAAUUGAUGACCUGCUUGAUGAGUUGUGUGAUGACAAUCUGCGCGUGGUUGCCUUCCACGGUGAUAACACCUUUGCUGUUGGUAUCAUGCAGGAUAUUAAGGCUAAGAUGGAGGCAAGAAACGCGUGGAAGCCAAUACGACAUGCUAAUCUUGGUCUCUUACCAAGUUCGAGGGAUACCUGGGAUGCUGCUACAGCGUUGGUAGACCCACUUAUGGGGGGAUGGGCCCAUGUGCAUGAAAAUGUCGAUGUUCAUGAAAUCCCUAAGAAACGGGCUGAAAUUGUUGCAGAGUUUAAAAAGCUGCAAUCCAGCCGAAAGAUGAUAGAUGCUCAUAUCACAAACGAGGUAGAGUGUGUACAUGUGGAGAAGGUCAAGACUUAUGCCCCAGGAGUGAUGCAUUGUGUUUUUGACAUCAAUAUCCAAUAUCUGCAUAGCUCGACUAGAGAAAUGCAGAGUAAAAAUACUUAG